UAUUUUCACCGUCUCGCCAGCCCUGGUCAUUUGUGGUGGAGACUCAAAUAGUCUAGACAAAAUUCUAGAUCUACUUCCGUAUUGCUCCAAAUAUAAACAAAAUUUACUUGCAUAGCAACUGUAGUAGGAAGUAGACUAGUAUGAAAAUUUGCUACUGGCACAUUGACACACAUUUAUUGAGUGAAACUUCUACUAUCUCAGAAUUUCCACUUUGUCAAGCCACAGAAGAUUCACUAACAAAUUGAAGGAUGUGAGCUACAAGGAGUGGAGGUAAAAAAAACUGCAUCCAAUCGUGUAAAAAAAAAAUAUAAUAUAUAGAUAUUCUUUUGCAGACAAUUGUUUAACAGCAACAAUGAAAUAUGAACAUAUCCCAGAAUGCAUGGCAUGUGAAAAGUCCUGCUAAAAUUAAACCUAGUAGUUGCUGAUUUAGAAUCAUAAAUUGAAUUUGAAAAUGUGAGCUUAAAGCUCUUUUAUUUCAAAUCGUCAAACCAUGUCUUUAAAGAUUGAGACUCUUAACAUUAACAAAGAGAAAGAGAACAAUGAUUUUAUAAUCCCUCUAAUACUCAAGGCCAUUGAACAACAUUUAGAUGCAAAUGAAUUAAAGGCUCUACUUCGAGGCUGUUUAAAGAUCACUUUAGUUACAUGGAAAGAUGAAUAUUCCUUGGAUUUAUUGCACUACUGCAUUUUACAUAACAACAUUGUAGCACUUUUGGUUUUAUUAAAUCAGGGUUGUUUUAAACCACCUUACAGCCCUGCUGCAUGGCCUUAUUUACAUUUAGUUGCAUGUCUUGGUUAUGCAUCCUUAAUAUCUACUAUUAUUCAGGAAAUUAACUUUCAGAAUGAAGCAUGUAUGUUAGACUGGGGUGUUCACAAAGUGUACAUCCUGCCAAAGACAAAUGCUGUCACUUCAGUAUUAAUAGAAAAUUUCAAAGAUCAGAAGUUUACACCUGUGGACAUUGCUGCUAUCUUUCAACAUCUCAAUUGUGUUGAACUUUUGCUAGAUUUCUGGCAGAUUCAGAGAUCUAACUCUAACAUCAAUGUUGUACACAAUACUAGAAACUCAUCAGGCUACUUAGCUUUGGCGUGUAAAGUUAAUUCACCAAGUGCUUUACAGUUGUUGUUGACAAAAUACACUGAGAAAAAGGAAGCAUUAGAAUGUGCUAUAAGAAUGUUAUCAUUUGAUUGUGUUGAUAUUAUCUUAAGACAGAUGGAUGGACAGGCAGUUAAAAAGGCCUUUCAAGGAAUGAAUCUAUUUCAUGUUACAUUCACAUACAGCUGUUGUCUUACUGAUCAGCAGUAUGAAGCUAUGGUAGAGACGACUAAAGUUCUCAUCAAACACAAUCAAAAUGUCAAUAGUAUGCAGCCCUCAAGGACAUUCCCUUUAUACAGCAUUCUCAGUCAUUCCUUAGCAGGAAUCAGAAUGGAAGAAUGCUCUCAUUUUCUUAUUGACAUUGUCCGCAUACUGCUGAAAGCUAGGGCUGAUCCUAACAUUGAUGAAAUUAGGAUGGAAGAAGAAUCAAAGGAUUCAGAAGAGAGCACAGCAUUUGGGAGACAACCAUAUUCUUCUGCAGUCAACUGUUUGCUAAGUAACAUACCUGUGUUGAAAAGGAAUGAAUCAUUCACUCAAAUAGCAGUGAAAUCUGUAGACCAGUAUUCUUAUUACUGCAUUAAGUUACUUCUAAAACAUGGUGCAGACUUACUUCACACUGGCAAGUUUUUUUCAUUUUCCAGUAAUGAGGGUUCACUCACAGAUGAAUAUCACCAUGGAACUAGCUUACAUUUAAUGAUGUCAACAAGGCCAGUAGGCCAACUCUCAUUUUCUGUUUUGAGGCUUCUCUUGCAUUCAGGUAUUAAUGCUGAUGCCUGUGGAGCAUGGAGUAUGCCCUUCUAUGUUGAGGCAAUUAAAUAUGCACUAAAUAUUCUUCCACUGUCAUUGUGGUCCCAAUCAAUAACACAUCCUCAUAGCAUGACACCUUUUUCAGAUGAAGAUUUAAAGUGUUUUAUUUAUAUUUCAAAGUUUAUGUCUCAGAGUUCACUAGUUGGAGCUUACAAAGAAUUCUUAGAUGCUGUGGAGUUUUUUAGAGCUUUGGCUAAAGAAAAUAAUACAUUAGAAAUAACAGAGAGAUUUUAUUUUGAAAACAAUCAGAUGCUAUUACAAAUUAUUAAGCAAUAUGACAAAGUCACAAAAGAACCAUGGACCUUGCAACACUGUUGUUCCAAUAUAAUUUGGCAACACUGCAAGAGAAAAAAGAAAUCUGUGUUAGCUUUACCAAUACCUGCACCUUUGAAAGUUGCUGUUAUGUUUUCCCACAAAAAACAAGAUUUGGUAGAUGAAAAAGUAGUGCACUGAUUAUUAAUAUUUAUAACAUUCAUUACGAUUAGAAACAUAUAAUUUUUAUUGACAUAGUUAGACAAAAAAACUGUAUGUCAUUUGUUUUCCUAUGCAACAUGUUUGUUUGUUUUCAAAAUAAUUUAUGUUUCAGAUGUUCCUUCAGAGUUGAAGAUAUUCUACUUCAUAUGCAUUUAAAAAAAAAAUUGUACUGUUAAAUUAAAACAUUUCUACACUUUUAUUAUCAUGGAAGAGGCAAUAGAUAAAAACAUAUAGAUCUUUUCAUAAGCAUGAAGUAUGGUUUUCCCAGAAAAGUUUCUAUACUCUAGUUUUUAUCUCAAAAAUGUUCAAAAUCUGUCAGAACUCUGUGACAGUCUUACAAUAAUUUCUCCUUUGACAAGUCUGUUGAGUAAAUCAAAGUCUUGCACAGCCACAUUUAUCUUUAUGUUCCAUGACACAAAUCUGUAACUCAUUAGAACUGAAUAUACUCAAGCAUACCAUUCAGUUUCAUUCCAAUCUUGUUAUAUUAAACAAUGAUUCAAACUUAGGCACUUUUUAUUCAGCAGCCAUAUAUUCUUCUCCACUGCCACCAUAACAAUUUCUUCUUCUUUUUAAUUUUUCUGUCAUUAAUUUGUUGCUAACACAUUAAAACAUGUGCUAAUAAAAAACAAAAAGGCAGUUAAGCAUUUUUUCAAGAGUAUUCUUUUGUAUAGGAUGAAACAUAUCACAGUUUAUCUGAGUUUCUUUUUAUAUACUAUAUUAUUUUUUAUUUACAUCUUUUGAUAGAUCUAAGAUAGAUCUAUGAGCUUAACCAAGCAUUUAAAAAUGAUUGAAAUAAAUGAUCUGUUCUGUUUUUUUUUGUUGUAACAUAUUAAAUCUGUUUGCUAUAUUAUUUGUUUAUUUUUUUUUAUGCUAGAGAAACCUGUUCAUAUAACAGUAUAUUGAAAAACAAAUUUUUCUUUAUUAUAAUGUAAUUUUAGUUUAAAUAAAAAGGGGUCUUUUAAAAAAUAUUUUUGCUUUUAACAGAAGACUUCUUUUCAUAAGACCUGAUUAUUUUAAUCAUUGAUCAUUUUGGAGAAAUCCAUCUACAUGUUCUAUAUUAGUACAGGACAGAGUUGAUCAUACAAGCAGCUUGUGGACUUGAACUAACAUUGAUGUUCACCUUCGCCUAUGUCUUAGUCUGUUGGACCAUUGGAGCACCACACAAGAUCUGUUGACCAUUUUUCUCCAUCCCUCUCUGUCUUUUGCCUUGACUAUCUCUUUCAAUGACAGAGCUGUCCAUUCUUUGAUAUUGUCUUCCAAUUGCUGUCUUCCUUUCCCUGGUAGUGUUCCCUGCAGAAGGGUCUUUUCAAACCCUGAUGACAUGAUCAUACAGUUUAAUUUAAGUUUAUGUUUUUUGACAGUGGUCAGCAGUUCAUCAUAGGGUCUAAUUGCCAUUGUACUUCUGUUUCAAAUUUCCUCAUUUGUGGUGCUGUCUUUGUUGGUGAUACCUAGGAUCCUUCUAUAUUUUUACAAUGCUUUGCAAUCUGAGGAUAUUUUUUCAGAAUAGGGUAACCAUUGUUUAUUGUCAAACUGGUUAUUGCAUUUCUACAUUAUAACUGUUUCUUAUAGAAACACAGAUCAAAAAAGUUAUUUUUUGUUUAGAAUUUUAAAAAAUGUUUUCAUUUAAAUAAAGAUAAUAAAGGACUAAUGUUGGGUUGUCAUGACUACUGUACUGUUAAAUGCACAUGAAUAUUGGUAGAUAAUAUUCAGAUUGUUUGUGCUGUGGGUGAAACAUAUAACUAAAAAAAUGUGUUCCUUUUGUAAAUUGUAAUGAGCACAUGUAAUGCAUGGUGAAUGAAAAAUAAAAUAAUAAACUAUUAAUAACUU